AUGGCUCAGCGGUUAGAGUGUGAAUUUACUGACCGGAGGGUUCGCGGCUUGGGCGACCUGGCAGUAUCCCAGCACUCGUGCUUCCUUCUGGUGGCAUGGCACUUAGCACCUAAAUGUCGACCUCCUGAAUUGCAACCCGCACUGCGCAUAUUUUACUCAUCGAGGCGGAAGAAUCGAAACCGUAUCCCUUCGCCGUCUAGCUCCAGCAGUUCAGACGACGUUCUCUGUCUGUCUGAAUCCGAUAGGGACAAUGAAUAUCCAGAUAUGACUGAAAUAGUUCUUUCAGAAUAUGAACUCUCUCUAGCACCGCUCUCCGAAGACAAACCGAGUUAUCCUGAAAUCCUUAUACAACAGCUACGCGUUCAUCCUUACAGUCAGAAGCAACUACAAACAGCGUCACGAAUUGGAACGAAAUGGCUCAGUGAUCAGAGCGCGCGUUUACUGACCGAAAGAUCCUCGGUUCGAACCCGACCUCUGCCCCUCGACUUCCCCUGUCUAGGCUUGGGUAACCUGACAGUAUCCCAGCCCUUGUGCAACCUUCGGGAUAAAAACAGUCAUUCAACUGUGACGACGUUCCGAUACCUACCUGAUAUGUCAUGCGAUGGAAGCACAGAGGCUGAAGUACCCCCAGGUUGCCCAAGCCUAGAUAGCAGCAGUCGAUAUUUCAGGGUUGGGUUUGAACCACGGACCUUUUGA